AUGGCGGCGGGGGCGGCGGGCGCGCAGCGCGGCGGCCGGGUGCUGGUGUACGGGGGCCGGGGGGCGCUGGGAUCCCGCUGCGUACGCUAUUUCAGAGACCAAAGCUGGUGGGUCGCCAGCAUCGACGUGGUCGAAAACGAAGAAGCCCACGCCAGCGUCAUCGUUAAAAUGACAGACUCCUUCACCGAGCAAGCCGAUCAGGUGACAGUGGAUGUGGACAAGCUUUUAGGGGAGCAGAAGGUGGAUGCCAUCCUGUGCGUGGCCGGUGGAUGGGCCGGUGGCAGUGCCAAGGCUAAAUCACUGUUCAAAAACUGUGACCUGAUGUGGAAGCAGAGCCUGUGGACCUCAACAAUCUCUAGCCACCUCGCCACCAAGCACCUGAAGGAUGGGGGUCUCCUGACGCUGGCCGGGGCCAAGGCCGCUUUGGACGGCACUCCCGGCAUGAUUGGAUAUGGCAUGGCCAAGGGAGCGGUACAUCAACUUUGCCAAAGCCUUGCUGGGAAUAACAGUGGUUUGCCGCCUGGUUCUGCUGCUAUUGCUGUCUUACCGGUGACUCUGGAUACGCCGAUGAACAGGAAAUCAAUGCCUGAUGCCGAUUUCAGCUCCUGGACACCUCUAGAAUUCCUGGUUGAAACGUUCCACGACUGGAUCCUGGGAAAAAACCGACCAAGCUCAGGAAGCCUAAUCCAGGUGGUGACCACGGGAGGAAAGACUGAAUUAACGCCGGCUUAUUUCUAAAUUCCGUCUCUCACUCGCCCACCAAGAGCUCAGAAGAAGAAAGAGCUGGGGGAAAAAAAAUCUCAGCCCAUCAGUAAAGUCUGAAUACGGUUCUCUGUUUUCGUGGUCCUUAAUUGUAUCGAUGAAAUGGAAUUGUGAGUAAUGUUGCCGUUGGUCGAUGUAUACAAGCUUUCAUGGCUGACCAUAAAAUGUUUAUUCUAAAUAGGGUUGCAAAGGGGACAAUUUGCCAAUAGUAUUUAUUAAUAAACAUCUCAGUUUCAUUAAUUGA